UUUUUGCUUUUGUUAGUGAUCGAGCUCUUUCCCAAUAGUUUAGACAAAGAAGUCGUCUGUUUUUUGUUCUUUUUUCAUAAAAGUUUUUACUUCAAGAAUGAAAAUGGUUUUCAAAUUUAAAGAAGAAAAUACAUUUGAGCAACGUAAAGAUGAGGCAAGCAAGGUGCUCAUGAAAUAUCCUGACAGAAUUCCAGUAAUAGUUGAGAAGCUGCCUGGUUCCAGCAUUGCACCCAUCGACAAAAGAAAGUUUCUCGUGCCUAAAGACAUUAACGUUGCUCAGUUCAUCUUCAUCAUAAGGAAAAGAAUUCAGUUGGAUCCUACCAAGUCCCUGUUCCUCUUUGUUGGCAGAGUGCUUCCACAGACCAGUGCCACAAUGGGACAUGUAUAUUCAGAGAACCAAGACGAGGAUGGUUUCCUUUAUGUGGCCUACAGUGGUGAGAACGUCUUCGGUGGUGACCGCUGAUGAUGUGGUAGUGGUGGUGGCGACGCUGGCAGACUAUCUUUUAUUAUUACUUUUCAUUAUUAAUGUGUUAUUAGAUGCGGUUGAUUAUGAACAUGUUAUAUGAUUAUUGAUGUCGUUGUUAUUUUAAUGUUCGUGUGAGAACCACUGUUUUUGUGUCUGAUAGUUUAUUUAAUUUUUCAAUUACAUUCUUCUCGAUUUUGUCUUUAAAUAGAAUUAAUAUGUUUUUCUGUUCAUGUUCCACAUUUUAUUAUUUUUCCACUUUAUAUAUAAACAAUUAUUUAUGUGUGUGUAUGUAUGUAUGUAAUAUAUAUUAUAUUAUUAAUAAUGAACUAAGUUAAUUAUAGCUAGUUAUAUAUUUUUUUUCUAAAUUUAACUGAUUGACAUUAACUGUAGUGUAGUUACGAUUUUUAUUUAUCCAUAAAAUUUUUAGCAUUUCAUUUAAGCAGGAAAACCUUAUUAAUGCAGUUUAUUAUGGAAAAACAUUUCUUUCUGGUAUUUUUAUUUAUAAUUAAACUACGUUGACUUAUUCCAUGAAUGAUUAAAUAUAUAUGUACCUAUGUGGUACGUGUCUUGCGUGAACGUAUGUAAAAAUAUAAAUCGUACGAAUAUAUAUGCUUUAAUAUACAAUAAGUAUGUUAUAUACUGAUAGGUAUGUGCAGUGGCGUUUAAUUGCUUUGAGUAAAAAAUGAGGAAAAAACAAGAGUGAAGGCCCGUGAAUGUUCAGUUUUUUAUGGUACCUUCUGCACCCCUAGCGAUUUUUUUGUUACAUUCAGUCCAGAACACUGAAAUUUGAUUUUAGCGUUCCAAGUUUGUUUUUCAAAGGCAAAAUUGUGUACUUUGCACUCACUUUGAUGGUGAGAGGAAAUAACAGAUGGUGGAAAUAAAUUCGUGUCUCGUCAUUUCUAUGCGGUGUUCUGUGUAUUUCGUGUUAUGUUGUCUUCAUUUGGGAUUAUUAAGUAGUAUUUGUAUGUAUAUCAUUGCGUGAAAAGUGAUUAGUCGGGAUAUAGGGAGGUAUGUGUUUGAUGAGUUGCUCUUGUGUGGGUUCAUUGCUGACAUGUACGAUGUGAUCUAAACAUUGUUUUGCUCAUGUAUAUAAACUUUCAUCAUUACGCAGUUUUGCAAUGCGUGGAUACAUGAAUGUCGGUGUACCUUCGUACACACACAAGGACACGUGCUUACAAACGCAUGUUUGCGUGCAUCUGUGCAGACGGGUACAUGCAUUCAAACCCCGAUACAUACAUACAUACGCACGCGUACAUACAAGCUCACAUACGCAUAUGCAGACACAGUAUGCCUUGAUUCAAUGUUAUCAAUUUCUGUGUAUUAUUUUUUGCGUUGCUAUUGAUGAUAACAAGCAGGUGGCGGGUGGCCAUGUUGUCGUAUUUUAUUAUAAUGUUGACGAUCCACAUUUAUAUUUCGGAAUGUUUACACAACUAUUUUAAUACCAUUUGAUUGCUGGAUUAUGGAAGCGCGUUUUUGACUCGAUUAAAUUAGUUCUGCUAAAUAAACUAAUAUAUUGAACUUUUUGCGAAAUAUAUUAUUUUGUUG